AUGGAUGAACUGCCCCCUGGUUUCCCCUCUCUCGGCCUCGGCCAUGCCCCUGUCCCCACCCAUAUGGCGCCGCCGCCGCCGGAGCGCGCCCCACCGGCGCUGCUGGACGAGAUCGUCGAGGAGAUCUUCCUCCGCGUGCCGCCCGACGACCCCGCGCGCCUCCUCCGCGCCGCGCUCGUCUGCAAGCACUGGGCCCGCCUCCUCGGCGACCGCGGCUUCUGCCGCCGCUACCGCGAGCGCCACGGGGCGGAGGGGGCGCCUCCUCUGCUGGGCUUCCUCGCCAACCUCACCCACACGGGAGGCUCCACGCGCUUCUUCCCCACGCUGGCAUUCCGCCCCGCCCCCGCUCACCGCCGCGACUACCGCGCGCACGACGCCCGCCACGGGCGCGUCCUCCUCAACCGGAUCACGUGGGGCGGUCGCGGCGUGGCCCAGGAGCAGGACGACGCGCUCGCUGUCUGGGAUCCCGUCACCGACGAGCACCGGCCCCUGCCGCUCCUCCCGCGGCCCCAGCAGGAGAUGUUCGCCCACGUCUACUCGUCGGAGGCCGCGGCGUGGGGCGAGGCGACCUCCGCCCAGCUCCCAGGCGACCAUCUCGACGACACGCUGCCCGGCGCUCUAGCGCGGAACGCACUCUACUUCGUCUUCCAGGCGGGAUACAGGAUGCUCAAGUAUGAUCUGGCUACGCGCAAAAUGUCUGUGAUUCCCGUUCCACAGAGGCCCUAUGGUCGGCGCUUUGGGCUCAUGACUAUGGAGGACGGUAGACUGGGAUUUGCAGAAGUGGACUCGCGGUUUACUCUCAAGCUCUGGUCAAUGGAGACCGGUCCUGAGGGAGACGCAGGAAAAUGGGCAGUAAGCAGAGCCAUUGAGCUCAGGGCACUGCUCCCUACUCCUGCCCUCGGGGCAACGCCUUGUGUGGUUGCCUUUGCGGACGUCGUUGGUGUCAUCUUCCUCAAGACGACUGAUGGGCUCUGCACUCUUGAUCUGAAGACUGGGCAGAGCAUUUGUGUUAUGACUGAUGACUUCUAUGAUAUCAUUCCCUACUGUUACGAGUGGCCUCCACAGGUGAGGGACCAAGUGGCGGUCCUUCGACUGCUUGACAGACUUAAGCGCACUUGGUUGUAUGGGACAAGAUCAUUGAACAACAUUGAGCUUGUGCCUGAGGCCUUGACUACAGACAAAAUACAAUUAGGAAUACUGAAGUGGCCAAGAAAAGAAUGGAGAUACUGA